UAUAACGCAGCCUUAGACGAAUCAAUUUUUUUGUUGUAAUGAAUUGGCGUAGUUUUAUUGUUACUUUAAUAAACUGCAUAGUCUGGUCAAUACAAGUUAUUCAAUUAAAUGGUACUGGAAUUAAAAACCUAGGAAGAACAAGAGACUCUUUUAGAGCGGUACAAGUACCCCAACAGUUUUAUGAUGCUAUCGAACAGUCAGAUUUCAGUAAACAUAGUUUACAAAAUAAGUUAGAGCAUUUCCUUGAAAAACUUCAAAAAAACUUGACCAUAUCGGCAGUAUUGAGUGACUCCGAAGAUAUUGUCACAAGUGAAAGAAACUAUGUUUACAAGAUGCGAGAACUAUCAACCUUCUUUUAUGAAGCUUCUUUUUCUUUCGAACAAUUUUCUUCUGAUAUCCAAACUUUUUAUGAAACAUCAAAAAAUGCAAGCUACGCACUUUUGUUUAAACUACGCCAAGUCCCAACAGGUCAACCAACUCUAGUAAAGGCUUUACUCACAAACUAUUUUGCGGAAAUAGAAUUCUUUCAUGUGUUGUUUUCAGAAAUUAUCGAUGAUGCUAUGGAAUAUAGUACUAAAUCCCUAAAAUGGAUUCAAGAACUAUUUGUUUAUUAUGCUGAUACUCAAAAUAAUAUUCUAGAAAAUUGGAAAUUGAAGACAAAUCUUGAAUGCUGCAAACUUUAUGUCAACUUCUUACAGGAUCAGUCCUCUCAGAUUUUUAAAUGCGCUACUGUGGAUAAUCUUAAUAUAAUAUACGAUGUGUAUUCCGUAACGAAGCUUAACAUAAAAUAUAUACUAAGGCAACUUGAGUUUCGCAUCCAACGAUUAUUCAAUUGUUUAUUGUAUAACAGCCCUAACAUACAAUGUAAGCUUCUUAAAAGAGCAGAGAAAGAUCUUAAAACCUUAUUUAGAAAUCUCUCCGAGCUAGACAUGUUCAUCGAUAUAAAAACUAAAAAAGGCAAAGCAGCCGCAUUAAGAUUUCGUCGAGGAAACACAUGGAACAGCAAUCAAAUUAAAUUGGAACCGAACCAGAACUACUGCCUUCCAAUUGGCUUUCCAAAUACUCAAAUGUCAACAGAUCUAAAAGAAUGCUUUUACUUUUUAGAUAAUAUAGUGUAACUGCAGUAAAUAUUACAAUAAAUAAAAUUAUUUAAUGACUGUG